AUGGAUGGGACUGACAAAGAUCUCGGUUGGGAGGCAAGGCCAUUUCAAAUGUCAACGGAGGCAACGCAGCUUCAAAGGAUGUUGGCGGCAGGGGAGUUGCUGGUCGCCCUGCUGUUGGCGGGUCGAUUGAGGCACACCAUGGACUUACCAGGGAACAAUAUCUCAGAUGCGGUCACCAGCGCGAUGAUGAACCAGUUUGCCAGAGAACUGACAACCAAUUCCCUGAGCUUAUGGCCACAAUUUGUACAAACGACUCGACGAUAUUUCAAUGUUCACCAUGGCUACGUGCUGCGCAAGAUUCUGUGGCAACUAAUUCCGUUCCACAGUGCAAAGAGCAAGUCCACCGACGGCGAGUUGGGGGGAGAAAAGGACUGGACAGUGCGAGUCUUUGAGGGCCUGGAAGUUGACAUCAAGGAGCCUGAUUUAUACAUACCUACAAUGGGUUUUGUGACCUAUGUUGUUCUCUACGGCAUGGUGCGUGGAGUCCAGGAGGAUUUCUCUCCGGAGGUCUUAUCUGCGACGAUCAGCUCGACAUUGGUGAUCUUGAUUUUGGAGCUGGCAGUGAUGAAAGGAGCUCUUUUUAUGUCCGGUGCUGUGAACACAUCAACAUUGGAUCUUUUUGCCCUGUUGGGGUACAAGUUCCUCUACUUGUCGCUACAUCUUGGCCUCGGCUUGCUGUGGGGACACGGUGCAAAGCCAUCAGGUUUCAUCUACAGCGUGCUGACUUUGGGCCUGGCUGUCAGCUGUGGUGUUGCUCUUUGGCAGGCGGGACUCUCGAAGUAUGGCAAGUACUGUGAACGAUGUGCUGUGGAAAUGGAAGCUGUCUGGAGACAGCCAUCGUUCCUUCCAUUGCUGGUGUUUGCUUGCUGUAAUUCCGGAGCAAAUUUGAAGAGGCGACUCUUCGGCUUCAUUGGCGGCAAAGGCACAGGAGUUACGGGUGAGCUAUGGGAGAAAUUGGUGAACCUUGAGAAUCUUGAGGAGGAAUUGGAGGAACAGCCCAGGAGAGAAGCGCUGGUUUCUUGCCUGUCGAGAUGUCCCGAAAAUUGCUAUGCUCUGGUGGUUUUGUGCGUUGAGUCCAUGGAGACUCAGCUCGCCAAGAAGGACUUUGAUGCCACGGCGGAGACCAUCCUGGCCAAUGCCAUCGUUAUACUCUCUUACCUCUUGGCAGCCCUUCCACCAGCAACAGCACGAGGUUCUGCUGAAAAGGCCGCAGAAGCUUCUAAUGUAGCCUUCGUGGACAAGCUGUGGCAGGUUGAGUCUGGGCAAAGACCUCUUGGUGAGAGGAUCGCAGAUGCGAUCAUGCGCGCCUUGUUCCGAGACGGCUUUGCAGUGGAAGGGCCUGAGGACAAGGAUGCACCACAGGCAGAGAAAGGCAUCGUUCCAGCCUUGAUUUGGCAAGAAGGAGUUGGACCAGAGGGAUCUAGUCAGCCAAAGAAUGACCUGCAAGAGAACAGGAUGGUUGCACUGCAGUUGCUGGUGACAUUUCUUUCUGGUGGAGCUCCCACGGCACCGGUGCUUCAGGACACAACUGAAGAGGAUGCUGAGAGCAUUGACACGAGACUUUCCAGGCUGGUCAUCCUGGAUGCUAGACCGCUGGCGUACCUGACGAAUCCAUGCAGGACGGUGCCUUUCAGAGGCGAAUUGUUCUUUUCUUUGUUGUCUGUGGCGUUAGGUUACGAUCCUCACGGUUUUGGAGUGCCCUACGGUGGCUACUUCGCUGGAGCAAAGCAAGAAGCCUUCGCUCAUGUUUGCCUCCAGGCCGUUGGAUUGCUGCUGCAAGACGUCCGUGAUGCCACUAAUUCUCAAGGUGAUUUAUCCAUCUCCUCGAGCCUGAUCAUCAAGCGGCCGCAGGAGCUCCUGGCGACUCGCUCGAAAUCCAUUGGCUCCAUCCCGGAAGAUGCCGAAGGGUCUCCUGUGCAGCAUGCCUUUCGAGAGCUCUUGGCCAACAUCAGUUCAACCAGAGAGGUAGAAUUCAUGGUGGAUGGGGUGGUGACACUUCUUGGUACAGUCAGUAAGGAGAAAGGAAGCUAUUUGCCAAGCUCUAUGAGGCUACCUCCAUUCCUCCCGGAGCUUCUGAUUGUCGUUUUCCACUUGACAGCCUGUCCAAAGUUCGUGGCAGGUGCCUGUGCUGAAGACAUCAUUGGCUUGAUAGAGGGCGUUCUCUUGGCAGCAAGCCAGGCUCCGGAGCAUGUGUGUGAGACAACUUUGAGCCUGAUUGAGGCGGCAAUUCUGCUGAAUCUCACCUCGUACCGGGAAGUUUGCGCUGAACUUGAAGAGGACUAUGAGGGCAAUGCGCCAGAAAGUGUUCCGGACUUCGAGGGAUCAGUGGCGGACCUUGUGGCAAUGGCAGCAUUGACGCAGGCCAGCGAGUUCUUGAACAAGAGCAAGGCGAGCACAGUGCAGGACAGCAUCGUGCAGAUGAGCUUCGCGACUGUCGCCAACGUUUCUGCCUUCGCGGACGGGCUUUGCAUGGAAGUAUCAUCUCGAUUGUUUUCUCUAUUUGAGCGCUGUGCCAAAGCAGUGCAGCUCAAGCGCAACAGGCAAGGCAUUGCCAACCAUCUUCCCCUCCUUUUGGAAGUCUUCGACAAUGCCCUCCAGUACAGAUACUCGAGCAAUACGAAUCUUGCUUACGGCCUGAUGACCCGACAGGCCAUUUUCCGAGAUCUUGUCUCGUUCGUACCACAGGUCCAGACUGCUGAUGUGGCUCAGGAGGGUGACAAUGCUCUAGAGCUGAAUCGGCAAUGGCAGGAAGCAGUUGAGGUUCAUCUCUUUCCCAUUGCGGGUCUCCUUGAAGCAACGGUGCCAAUUCUGGAAGCAGAGGUGGAAAAGCACGAGAUCUCAAACUCAGACGAAGCCAAGGAGCUGCUUCCCAGGUGUAUACUGGGGUUAAUGCCUCCUCCACAUGCUUUCCAGUUGAGGAACCUCCGACGGUGCGCUGCAACGCACGUUGCCUGCGAGCACGUGCUGGCGGCAUGCCUCAGCGAUGGACCCUACUCUCCCCUUUGGGAUACUGAGGAGGAGUCCACUCCACAUGCUUCCCAGGCCCACAGGGAUACAAAGUCUGAUUCGAAAAAUCGAGAGAGUGGCAGACGAGCGAGAAGCACCAGCCGUUCCAGAGGUGGGGUUCCACAUCCGGACAAAGCUUCGGGCGGCUUGGUUACUCCCAAUGGAAGUGGGCUAAGUGAUGGUACAUGCAGCUGA